AUGUCCAACCAAUCCAAUACCAACACUUCUCCCCCAGUCAACAACAAGAGACGCCAUGAACCUCUUGAUGACUCAGACCUGUCAGCAAAACGCAGCAGAACACUCUCUUCAGAGCAAGCAAAGGCUCUGGAGCAGAUCGCUACCGAUAUGCUUCUAUCGACAGAUACCAAGGAGCACUGUUGGUCCAACAUUGAGACGGCAAAUGAAGGAGCUCAGAACAUGGCUGUCAUGCAUAUGGCCCAUGCAUUGCCUAUUAUGCCUACGUAUCAUCCAGGAGAUGUUCAUCAACCGCACACAGUAGUGAUACUCACUGCUCCGAACAACCUCCCUCCAACCAUACUUCAACAACUGGUUCCACACCAACAGCAGAGCAAGGAUCCCCAGCCAGAAAAUGAUACGAAUGCCCAGUAUCCUGUGGACAGCUCAAGUGAAUAUCCGAGCACCAAGGAGGAAUACCAUGGCGACGAGGAGGAGGGCUUUGCAGAUGACGAUGAUGAUGCAUCUCAAUCUCAUGGGGACUUGUACGCAGGAUUGAAAGUUGGCGUCUGGACGUGUUCGAUUUGUGAGCACUUCGGUUUUUUCAAGCAUGUGUAG